AUGUCACCAUUAAACGUCGGCAACCAUAUGUCCGCAUUGUCACCUCUGGAAAAAAGGUGGAACCGCCUUGCCGAUUCGUCGGCCGGAGGAGGAGGAGGAGGGGAGGAAGUUGAGUUCUUGUUGGUUUCUUCCGCGGGAGCCGACCGCACAUGCCAACAACCCCCCGGAGCAGAAGCCAAGCUAGGACCACCAGGCAUGGACUUCGGCGACACGAGACGCAAGCCUAAUUUCGCGGGAAAGAUCGCGGUGGCUGCUGCCCUCACUGUCAUGUGCAUAAUUGUGUUGAAACAGUCUCCUGGUUUUGGCGGUACUAGCGUGUUCUCUCGCCAUGAAACUGGGGUGACUCAUGUGCUGGUGACUGGAGGUGCUGGAUACAUUGGCUCACAUGCUACUCUUCGUCUCCUUACGGACAACUACCGAGUUACCAUUGUGGUCAACAAAAUGUUUUCGGAGAACGCGUUUGAUGCUGUUAUGCACUUCGCUGCUGUUGCUUAUGUUGGUGAGAGCACGCAAGAGCCACUAAGGUACUACCACAACAUAACAUCAAAUACGUUGACAGUGCUCGAGGCAAUGGCAGCACAUAAUGUAAAAACUCUGAUUUACUCGAGUACUUGUGCAACAUAUGGUGAACCUGACACAAUGCCUAUUGUAGAGACAACUCCUCAGAUACCUAUCAAUCCAUACGGGAAGGCAAAAAAGAUGUCCGAGGACAUCAUUCUAGAUUUCUCAAAGAAAUCUAACAUGGCUGUGAUGAUCUUAAGAUACUUCAAUGUGAUUGGAUCAGACCCGGAGGGACGCCUCGGGGAAGCUCCAAGGCCUGAACUGCGUGAGCAUGGAAGGAUUUCUGGUGCGUGUUUUGACGCAGCAUCAGGAAUCAUUCCAGGGCUAAAGGUUCGAGGAACAGACUACCCUACUGCUGAUGGAACUUGCGUAAGAGACUACAUCGAUGUCACAGAUCUUGUUGAUGCUCAUGUCAAAGCUCUUGGUAAAGCCGAGCCUAACAAAGUUGGAAUCUACAAUGUCGGCACAGGGAAAGGUAGGUCAGUGAAGGAGUUUGUAGAAGCGUGCAAGAAGGCAACCGGAGCCACCAUCAAGGUUGACUACCUCGACCGGAGGCCCGGGGACUACGCCGAAGUAUACAGCAACCCGGCCAAGAUCCGCGACGAGCUGAACUGGACAGCCGAACACACAGACCUCCGCGAGAGCCUUGCGACGGCCUGGAAAUGGCAGAAGGCGCACCCGCGUGGAUACGGGUCGGCCUGA